GCUCUCGAGGCUCUGGGAGAGGUGAAACUUGCCAACUUCAGCCAGGCACAACUACAGAAUGAGGAUUUCAUCAGCAAUUGGUUCCAGAAAACGAUCCAACCCUUCCUAUCCUCUCCAUCCACAAACUUCCUAUCCUGUCUUAGCACCAAAAAUUUCAGCUGCCUCACGUACCAGAUUGUCAUCAAGGAAUUCAGCAAUCAAAGGCCAUUCAUGGACAGCAACAGACAGCAAACAGUCUUCACUAAUUUCAUAAGACCAUUCCUCUCAAGAAAUGAUUCAUCAGAUCCAGGCUGCAUCUCAUCUGUCAAUGGAAGUCAAGAAUGGCUACAAAAGAACCUUGGCAUCUUCUCUGCCUUUGCAUCUCUACAGGAUUUGGAAGAACUCUAUCCAAACGUUUCCGCUAAUCUAUCCUUGUCAGAGCUCACUCCCUCUCAGGUGGCACAGUUACUGCUGAGCUCUGGGUCCUCCAAUGACACGGAACUAAUCGAUCAAGUCUUUGAGCGACUUGAGGAUGGCGACGCUCUGGAAAAUGUGGAUGAAUUCCUCACACAGCUGCCAGUAAACGGACAGAUCCCACAAUUCCAACCUGUUGUGAGAGAUGUUAUCAUGAACAGAACCUUCCUCAUCAUCAGUACCCGUUUCCCAACUUUCAAACAACGGGACUUUUACGUUUGGUUCAAUGUCAAACUGGCCUCCAUCCUUGCAAGUUUCACUCCACAGAUGCUCACGAUUGCCACCUCAAGUGUAAACUGCACAACCUACCAUGUUGUUGUGAGCGGCCUGGCCCGUGUUUUCCCUGACAUACCCUUACAUAGACAACAAGGAAUCACAGACGCUCUUCUGGACUACCUGACAACAUCUGUCAGUGUCAUCAACAAGCCAGAUUGCAGGCAGGGAAUGCAGACUGAUGCCGAAUGGCUUGAAACAAACCUGGGCCCAUUUGCUCAAUACGUAUCCUACACUGAUCUCAAAAUCUUCAACCUUUCCCAGGAGACAGUUGUGGGUGUCCUUACACCACAACAGAAGGCUGAACUCAUACUGGAUCCAGACAGCGGUGCAUUGGAAAAUGCCACUCUAGUAAGAGUGGUGCUAACAAACCUUACCCAGUCCGGCAAUAACAGGACACUCAAUCAGUUUUUCCAGGCUUUUACAGAAAACAUCAAGCAGAAAAACAUUACUUUCAUCACAAAUCCAGCUGUACAAGACACCAUCUUAAACCUGACGCUUACUGCCCUUGCGCCUAAAUUUGGGGACUUUGGGCCUGAAGAGUUUCAGCUGUGGUUCCAGAUCUAUUUGGUUCCUGUGAUACCAAGCCUGCAUCCAGACAACCUGCGGGUGAUCCCCAGGAGCAUCAGUUGUGAAUCCUACACAGCUAUCCUAACUGGUCUUAACGAAAGUUUGGAAUUCUUGCCACUGAAUCUUUCAAUGGGUGUGAGAUCAAGCAUCAGAUUCCUAAAGAAUAGAUUCCCACGUUGCUCAGUACCAGAUUCCUUCGUGUGCAAAGAGACACCUGUUGAUGAGGACCUCAUCUGUGCUGCUGUGAAUAGAUCACAACUCCAGCAAGCACUGGCAAUUGACAAUUCAUCUUCAGUCUUGUGCAAUUUCACCAUCACUCAACAUGCCUGCUCCUUGGCCACACAUCUCACACAAAAUAAGUUGGCCACAUUGCUGAAAUGCUCACUGGAAAGCCAAACAACAUACCCAGUUGAGAUCUGGAAGCUUUUCUUCCAAAAGACUUCUCCUGCUCUGGACCGGGCCCUUGAAACAUUCACCACCACGGCCCCCAACAACAGCAGCCCAGCUUUGUCAAAUGCUCUCGAGGCUCUGGGAGAGGUGAAACUUGCCAACUUCAGCCAGGCACAACUACAGAAUGAGGAUUUCAUCAGCAAUUGGUUCCAGAAAACGAUCCAACCCUUCCUAUCCUCUCCAUCCACAAACUUCCUAUCCUGUCUUAGCACCAAAAACUUCAGCUGCCUCACGUACCAGAUUGUCAUCAAGGAAUUCAGCAAUCAAAGGCCAUUCAUGGACAGCAACAGACAGCAAACAGUCUUCACUAAUUUCAUAAGACCAUUCCUCUCAAGAAAUGAUUCAUCAGAUCCAGGCUGCAUCUCAUCUGUCAAUGGAAGUCAAGAAUGGCUACAAAAGAACCUUGGCAUCUUCUCUGCCUUUGCAUCUCUACAGGAUUUGGAAGCACUCUAUCCAAACGUUUCCGCUAAUCUAUCCUUGUCAGAGCUCACUCCCUCUCAGGUGGCACAGUUACUGCUGAGCUCUGGGUCCUCCAAUGACACGGAACUAAUCGAUCAAGUCUUUGAGCGACUUGAGGAUGGCGACGCUCUGGAAAAUGUGGAUGAAUUCCUCACACAGCUGCCAGUAAACGGACAGAUCCCACAAUUCCAACCUGUUGUGAGAGAUGUUAUCAUGAACAGAACCUUCCUCAUCAUCAGUACCCGUUUCCCAACUUUCAAACAACGGGACUUUUACGUUUGGUUCAAUGUCAAACUGGCCUCCAUCCUUGCAAGUUUCACUCCACAGAUGCUCACGAUUGCCACCUCAAGUGUAAACUGCACAACCUACCAUGUUGUUGUGAGCGGCCUGGCCCGUGUUUUCCCUGACAUACCCUUACAUAGACAACAAGGAAUCACAGACGCUCUUCUGGACUACCUGACAACAUCUGUCAGUGUCAUCAACAAGCCAGAUUGCAGGCAGGGAAUGCAGACUGAUGCCGAAUGGCUUGAAACAAACCUGGGCCCAUUUGCUCAAUACGUAUCCUACACUGAUCUCAAAAUCUUCAACCUUUCCCAGGAGACAGUUGUGGGUGUCCUUACACCACAACAGAAGGCUGAACUCAUACUGGAUCCAGACAGCGGUGCAUUGGAAAAUGCCACUCUAGUAAGAGUGGUGCUAACAAACCUUACCCAGUCCGGCAAUAACAGGACACUCAAUCAGUUUUUCCAGGCUUUUACAGAAAACAUCAAGCAGAAAAACAUUACUUUCAUCACAAAUCCAGCUGUACAAGACACCAUCUUAAACCUGACGCUUACUGCCCUUGCGCCUAAAUUUGGGGACUUUGGGCCUGAAGAGUUUCAGCUGUGGUUCCAGAUCUAUUUGGUUCCUGUGAUACCAAGCCUGCAUCCAGACAACCUGCGGGUGAUCCCCAGGAGCAUCAGUUGUGAAUCCUACACAGCUAUCCUAACUGGUCUUAACGAAAGUUUGGAAUUCUUGCCACUGAAUCUUUCAAUGGGUGUGAGAUCAAGCAUCAGAUUCCUAAAGAAUAGAUUCCCACGUUGCUCAGUACCAGAUUCCUUCGUGUGCAAAGAGACACCUGUUGAUGAGGACCUCAUCUGUGCUGCUGUGAAUAGAUCACAACUCCAGCAAGCACUGGCAAUUGACAAUUCAUCUUCAGUCUUGUGCAAUUUCACCAUCACUCAACAUGCCUGCUCCUUGGCCACACAUCUCACACAAAAUAAGUUGGCCACAUUGCUGAAAUGCUCACUGGAAAGCCAAACAACAUACCCAGUUGAGAUCUGGAAGCUUUUCUUCCAAAAGACUUCUCCUGCUCUGGACCGGGCCCUUGAAACAUUCACCACCACGGCCCCCAACAACAGCAGCCCAGCUUUGUCAAAUGCUCUCGAGGCUCUGGGAGAGGUGAAACUUGCCAACUUCAGCCAGGCACAACUACAGAAUGAGGAUUUCAUCAGCAAUUGGUUCCAGAAAACGAUCCAACCCUUCCUAUCCUCUCCAUCCACAAACUUCCUAUCCUGUCUUAGCACCAAAAACUUCAGCUGCCUCACGUACCAGAUUGUCAUCAAGGAAUUCAGCAAUCAAAGGCCAUUCAUGGACAGCAACAGACAGCAAACAGUCUUCACUAAUUUCAUAAGACCAUUCCUCUCAAGAAAUGAUUCAUCAGAUCCAGGCUGCAUCUCAUCUGUCAAUGGAAGUCAAGAAUGGCUACAAAAGAACCUUGGCAUCUUCUCUGCCUUUGCAUCUCUACAGGAUUUGGAAGCACUCUAUCCAAACGUUUCCGCUAAUCUAUCCUUGUCAGAGCUCACUCCCUCUCAGGUGGCACAGUUACUGCUGAGCUCUGGGUCCUCCAAUGACACGGAACUAAUCGAUCAAGUCUUUGAGCGACUUGAGGAUGGCGACGCUCUGGAAAAUGUGGAUGAAUUCCUCACACAGCUGCCAGUAAACGGACAGAUCCCACAAUUCCAACCUGUUGUGAGAGAUGUUAUCAUGAACAGAACCUUCCUCAUCAUCAGUACCCGUUUCCCAACUUUCAAACAACGGGACUUUUACGUUUGGUUCAAUGUCAAACUGGCCUCCAUCCUUGCAAGUUUCACUCCACAGAUGCUCACGAUUGCCACCUCAAGUGUAAACUGCACAACCUACCAUGUUGUUGUGAGCGGCCUGGCCCGUGUUUUCCCUGACAUACCCUUACAUAGACAACAAGGAAUCACAGACGCUCUUCUGGACUACCUGACAACAUCUGUCAGUGUCAUCAACAAGCCAGAUUGCAGGCAGGGAAUGCAGACUGAUGCCGAAUGGCUUGAAACAAACCUGGGCCCAUUUGCUCAAUACGUAUCCUACACUGAUCUCAAAAUCUUCAACCUUUCCCAGGAGACAUGUGUGGGUGUCCUUACACCACAACAGAAGGCUGAACUCAUACUGGAUCCAGACAGCGGUGCAUUGGAAAAUGCCACUCUAGUAAGAGUGGUGCUAACAAACCUUACCCAGUCCGGCAAUAACAGGACACUCAAUCAGUUUUUCCAGGCUUUUACAGAAAACAUCAAGCAGAAAAACAUUACUUUCAUCACAAAUCCAGCUGUACAAGACACCAUCUUAAACCUGACGCUUACUGCCCUUGCGCCUAAAUUUGGGGACUUUGGGCCUGAAGAGUUUCAGCUGUGGUUCCAGAUCUAUUUGGUUCCUGUGAUACCAAGCCUGCAUCCAGACAACCUGCGGGUGAUCCCCAGGAGCAUCAGUUGUGAAUCCUACACAGCUAUCCUAACUGGUCUUAACGAAAGUUUGGAAUUCUUGCCACUGAAUCUUUCAAUGGGUGUGAGAUCAAGCAUCAGAUUCCUAAAGAAUAGAUUCCCACGUUGCUCAGUACCAGAUUCCUUCGUGUGCAAAGAGACACCUGUCGAUGAGGACCUCAUCUGUGCUGCUGUGAAUAGAUCACAACUCCAGCAAGCACUGGCAAUUGACAAUUCAUCUUCAGUCUUGUGCAAUUUCACCAUCACUCAACAUGCCUGCUCCUUGGCCACACAUCUCACACAAAAUAAGUUGGCCACAUUGCUGAAAUGCUCACUGGAAAGCCAAACAACAUACCCAGUUGAGAUCUGGAAGCUUUUCUUCCAAAAGACUUCUCCUGCUCUGGACCGGGCCCUUGAAACAUUCACCACCACGGCCCCCAACAACAGCAGCCCAGCUUUGUCAAAUGCUCUCGAGGCUCUGGGAGAGGUGAAACUUGCCAACUUCAGCCAGGCACAACUACAGAAUGAGGAUUUCAUCAGCAAUUGGUUCCAGAAAACGAUCCAACCCUUCCUAUCCUCUCCAUCCACAAACUUCCUAUCCUGUCUUAGCACCAAAAACUUCAGCUGCCUCACGUACCAGAUUGUCAUCAAGGAAUUCAGCAAUCAAAGGCCAUUCAUGGACAGCAACAGACAGCAAACAGUCUUCACUAAUUUCAUAAGACCAUUCCUCUCAAGAAAUGAUUCAUCAGAUCCAGGCUGCAUCUCAUCUGUCAAUGGAAGUCAAGAAUGGCUACAAAAGAACCUUGGCAUCUUCUCUGCCUUUGCAUCUCUACAGGAUUUGGAAGCACUCUAUCCAAACGUUUCCGCUAAUCUAUCCUUGUCAGAGCUCACUCCCUCUCAGGUGGCACAGUUACUGCUGAGCUCUGGGUCCUCCAAUGACACGGAACUAAUCGAUCAAGUCUUUGAGCGACUUGAGGAUGGCGACGCUCUGGAAAAUGUGGAUGAAUUCCUCACACAGCUGCCAGUAAACGGACAGAUCCCACAAUUCCAACCUGUUGUGAGAGAUGUUAUCAUGAACAGAACCUUCCUCAUCAUCAGUACCCGUUUCCCAACUUUCAAACAACGGGACUUUUACGUUUGGUUCAAUGUCAAACUGGCCUCCAUCCUUGCAAGUUUCACUCCACAGAUGCUCACGAUUGCCACCUCAAGUGUAAACUGCACAACCUACCAUGUUGUUGUGAGCGGCCUGGCCCGUGUUUUCCCUGACAUACCCUUACAUAGACAACAAGGAAUCACAGACGCUCUUCUGGACUACCUGACAACAUCUGUCAGUGUCAUCAACAAGCCAGAUUGCAGGCAGGGAAUGCAGACUGAUGCCGAAUGGCUUGGAACAAACCUGGGCCCAUUUGCUCAAUACGUAUCCUACACUGAUCUCAAAAUCUUCAACCUUUCCCAGGAGACAGUUGUGGGUGUCCUUACACCACAACAGAAGGCUGAACUCAUACUGGAUCCAGACAGCGGUGCAUUGGAAAAUGCCACUCUCGUAAGAGUGGUGCUAACAAACCUUACCCAGUCCGGCAAUAACAGGACACUCAAUCAGUUUUUCCAGGCUUUUACAGAAAACAUCAAGCAGAAAAACAUUACUUUCAUCACAAAUCCAGCUGUACAAGACACCAUCUUAAACCUGACGCUUACUGCCCUUGCGCCUAAAUUUGGGGACUUUGGGCCUGAAGAGUUUCAGCUGUGGUUCCAGAUCUAUUUGGUUCCUGUGAUACCAAGCCUGCAUCCAGACAACCUGCGGGUGAUCCCCAGGAGCAUCAGUUGUGAAUCCUACACAGCUAUCCUAACUGGUCUUAAGGAAAGUUUGGAAUUCUUGCCACUGAAUCUUUCAAUGGGUGUGAGAUCAAGCAUCAGAUUCCUAAAGAAUAGAUUCCCACGUUGCUCAGUACCAGAUUCCUUUGUGUGCAAAGAGACACCUGUUGAUGAGGACCUCAUCUGUGCUGCUGUGAAUAGAUCACAACUCCAGCAAGCACUGCCAAUUGACAAUUCAUCUUCAGUCUUGUGCAAUUUCACCAUCACUCAACAUGCCUGUUCCUUGGCCACACAUCUCCCACAAAAUAAGUUGGCCACAUUGCUGAAAUGCUCACUGGAAAGCCAAACAACAUACCCAGUUGAGAUCUGGAAGCUUUUCUUCCAAAAGACUUCUCCUGCUCUGGACCGGGCCCUUGAAACAUUCACCACCACGGCCCCCAACAACAGCAGCCCAGCUUUGUCAAAUGCUCUCGAGGCUCUGGGAGAGGUGAAACUUGCCAACUUCAGCCAGGCACAACUACAGAAUGAGGAUUUCAUCAGCAAUUGGUUCCAGAAAACGAUCCAACCCUUCCUAUCCUCUCCAUCCACAAACUUCCUAUCCUGUCUUAGCACCAAAAACUUCAGCUGCCUCACGUACCAGAUUGUCAUCAAGGAAUUCAGCAAUCAAAGGCCAUUCAUGGACAGCAACAGACAGCAAACAGUCUUCACUAAUUUCAUAAGACCAUUCCUCUCAAGAAAUGAUUCAUCAGAUCCAGGCUGCAUCUCAUCUGUCAAUGGAAGUCAAGAAUGGCUACAAAAGAACCUUGGCAUCUUCUCUGCCUUUGCAUCUCUACAGGAUUUGGAAGCACUCUAUCCAAACGUUUCCGCUAAUCUAUCCUUGUCAGAGCUCACUCCCUCUCAGGUGGCACAGUUACUGCUGAGCUCUGGGUCCUCCAAUGACACGGAACUAAUCGAUCAAGUCUUUGAGCGACUUGAGGAUGGCGACGCUCUGGAAAAUGUGGAUGAAUUCCUCACACAGCUGCCAGUAAACGGACAGAUCCCACAAUUCCAACCUGUUGUGAGAGAUGUUAUCAUGAACAGAACCUUCCUCAUCAUCAGUACCCGUUUCCCAACUUUCAAACAACGGGACUUUUACGUUUGGUUCAAUGUCAAACUGGCCUCCAUCCUUGCAAGUUUCACUCCACAGAUGCUCAUGAUUGCCACCUCAAGUGUAAACUGCACAACCUACCAUGUUGUUGUGAGCGGCCUGGCCCGUGUUUUCCCUGACAUACCCUUACAUAGACAACAAGGAAUCACAGACGCUCUUCUGGACUACCUGACAACAUCUGCCAGUGUCAUCAACAAGCCAGAUUGCAGGCAGGGAAUGCAGACUGAUGCCGAAUGGCUUGAAACAAACCUGGGCCCAUUUGCUCAAUACGUAUCCUACACUGAUCUCAAAAUCUUCAACCUUUCUCAGGUCACCAUAUUAGACUCAAUUUCUUCAGAAGAAAAAGCUAAAUUCCUCCUUGAACCAAACAACUUAUCCAAUGAAACUCUUGUCAUACUGGUGUUCUCAAAACUUACUGCUUCAUCAUCUUUAGAAAGCCUUGAAACUUUCUUUGAGACAUUUGUUGACGAUGCUGCAGUGCAAAACCUGACUGCUGUUAACCCUACCCUGAGUUACACCAUCCUAAAUCUGACACUAUUGGCACUUGGUCCAGAACUAUCUCUGCUAAAAGCUGAGGGAUUCAAGUCAUGGUUCCAGGUUUAUCUGAUUCCUUUCCUUCCAAGUGUUGACUCUCACAUCUUUAAAAUGAUUCCCAAAAAUAUCACCUGCAAGUCCUAUCGAGAGAUAGUCACGGGUUUCAACAACGUUUUCCCAAAACUCUCUGCAAAUCAGACCCAGCAAGUAUCCACGUUUGCAUUAGAAUAUCUCAGAGGACAGUCCGGUUCAGGCGUGUCAUGUUUUGAAUCUGGAAAUGAUGACAGAAGCUGGCUUAAAAACAACUUUGGUCUGUUCAGUUUCCAAGCCUCUUACCCGGAUUUUCUGUUCUUGAAAAAGAAUUUCAGUGGAGUGGAGGUUGCAGAUCUUCUCACCCUCAGUCAGCUGAGCCAGCUGGCAGGAAUCCCCUCACAGCUAAAGGGGGCAGAAGAUGUAACAAAAAUCAUGACAGCCAUCAGCCCUCCUGACUUCGGUGCUUUCUUUGACGUGGUCUCACCUGCCAUUGAGGCCCAGUCAGCCAACUACUCUGAAGAAGUGAAAUCUGCCUUUCUCCAAGCAGUUUUUAACAGAGGAGGUCUCUCCACAUCAGACAUUAGCGACGAAGAGUUCAUUCAGUGGCUCAAGGUGCGACUGAGGCCGUUGCUGGUCAACCUCACUUCAGGCCUGGUGACCCCCUUAUUCCACAUCGGGACAAACAGGAGUUGUAACAGCACACAAGAGAUGAUUACACUGCUUGACACACUACACAUGACACUAAGCAGCAACACCCAAAAAGAGAUCUACAAAAACAUCCUCCUCUUCCUUCAAGGUCCACCUCUGCUGAAGUGUUGGAGUGGUGGAAGCUUCUACAUCUAUCUGAAAAACAAUUUCCUCAGCUUCGGCUUUCCAGAAGUGUCCACAUUCUUAUCUCUUCUGCCAUCGACCCGCAAGUCAGAGCUCUUAAACACCAUCAGCACUUCAGAGCUGGGCGAGUUCCUGAGACAGUCAAACAUGACUGAUAACAUAUCCUCUUUUGACAUAUGCACCAUCUUCAGCAACUACAACAACACCGCUGCCUUCCUAGAAACCGAGGAUGUUCCUGAUCGUAUGAAGAAGCUGAUCCUCCCUUGCGUUUGGCAUUUGGCCCUGGGCAGCGAAAAAGGAGCCGAGGUGAACGCUUGGUUUGAGCUGCGUUUGAAGAACUACCUGAGUUUCCUCAACAAGACGCUCAUCAGCUUCCCCAGCGUGCAGAAUGCCACAUGUCCCGCCUUCCAGAAACUGGUGUUUUAUAUGGGAAAUGGCUUCACAUACAACAACUCUGAGAUUGGACGAGAGGAUGUGUACACCACCAUCAGGAGCUACUUAAGUGCUGGCUCCAAAGUGAAAUGCUACAAUCCCAAUGACACAGACCUCAAUUCCACCGCCUGGUUUGUCAAUUACAUCGGCAACUUUGUGACUUUCCUCACUCUGGAUGAUCUCACCGCCUUUGUCCCCGUCUCUGAGACGAAAGGGUUCUUGGAGAACACAGCCAAUCUACAGCUCAUCAGCAGCACAUCCCUCCCAGAAAACGUAACCAACUACUACAUUUCACUGCUUUUUGACUCCAACCCCGUCUUCAACUUGAGCAAGCUCCCAGACUCGCUCAUGUGCUCUUCCAGCAUACCAAGUUCAGCAUAUUCUUCUCUGAAUGAAGCUGAUGCCAUAACUGUCUUGGGGAAACUGAAAGAACUAUGUAAUGGGACACAAGACCCAGAGGUGACUGUCAUUCUGGCAUCAAAUAUCCAGACACUCACACAGCAGACGUUUGUAAACCUCGGCGAUGCUUCUUCGACCCUGACCAUCAGCCAGAUCACUUCUGUGCCCUCGACUGUGCUGAUUUCCUCUUUGUCCACCCUGGGCUCAGUGAGCUGGGGCCAAGACCAGGCAAGAACCAUCAUCCAAAGCCUGACCUCCUCCGGUUUCCAGGUGGAAAGUGCAGCAUCCCUGCAGUCCCUUGGGUCGCUUGUUGCUGGAGUUCCCUCAGCGUCAAUAGAGAAAAUCUCAGCUUCUGAACUGCUCAAGGCGAGCAACAACACCAACUUCAUUUCCAACAUGCUGAACUCACCACCAGUUCUCCAGCAGACGUUGGUCGAAAAGAUCAUUUCUGUGGACACAAGUCCAGCCAAAGUGGUGCAGAAUGUCCCCGAUGCCUUGGCAACUGAGAUCCCACCAUCACUGUUGACAUUUUCUGAGACGGAUGUCGACUUCAGCACCUUAAACAAAAAGACGUGGACAAGUGAUCAGUCUUCCAUAUUUUUCGGGAAUCUGGCUGGCGUAGAUUUUGACAUCGAGGAGCUUUCCCCGUCUGUGUUGCAAGGCUUCACUUGCACGGCAGCCCAGAGUAUGUCCAAGAAGAGGAUUCGGCGAUUGAUCCGUUCCUCCAGGAACAGGAGAGGCAGAGCUAAGGUGGCACUGAAGGAACCGCAGCUGACUUGCAUGUACAACCUGCUCAAUGGAGAACUCUCCCAGAACUUCACAGAUUAUCCCCCAGACAUGCUACUGUACUUCAACAGCGAAGAUAUCCAGAAAAACAACUGUAGGUCAUACUUGUCUGCACUGGGUGCUGCAGACUUCACUCUGCUCUCCAGUGUUUUGGGCAAGAGAGCAAAACUGUUCAGUGAAGCUAGGACCUGCUUGGGCAUAAAUGGCUCAAGCCUCAGCAAAGACAAUGUGGAGGUCCUUGGAAGCAUGUCUUGCACUCUGGAUGGAUCUUACAUAGAAAACUCGGAUCCUGUGAUCUUGGAAGAACUUAAAGCCUGCAAGGACUUCUCAGACAGCCAGGUGGCUGCCAUGGAAACGUUGCUCCUAUCAGGGAAAACACAAUAUGGAAAUGUCACCACAUGGAACCAGCAAACCCUGGGGGACCUUGGUAUCCUUCCUCUAUACUUCACAAGCAACAUCUGGGGCCAGUUGAAAACUGAAACAAAGAAAAUAUUCCUCAGAGGUUUUAUGCCCAACUUGAGGAAAGCAAAGACAAAUAAGGGAAAUUUGAAGAAGCUGUUCGAACAGAUCAGCCUGAUUUUGGUGAAAAGAGCAGCAGGCUGCACUGCAGGUAACAUCACCCAGGUGACGGUCAGCGACGCCUCCUUCCCCUUCGGCUACGAUCAGACACAGUUUGACGUCUGCCUGGACGUUUCCGUCCUGAAGGAUAACCUAAACUCUAUCUGCGAGAAGGUGGACGACAAUGACUUCCAGAGAAUCAUCCUGAAGAAGCUCAACCAGGCAUUCCCGUCGGGCGUUCCUGAUCAGGAAGUGCAAAUGCUUGGUUCAGUAUCUCGUGUGGCAUCCCUUGAUGACAUCUCCAAGUGGAACGUCACUGAAAUUGACACGCUGGCAGCUCUCAUGGAAACUGAAGAUGGAACCUGGGAGACAGCACAGAGUAAAGCAAUCAUCACUAAGUAUCUGGAGACUUCUGGGAACUCCCUGGGAAGCAGUGAGCUGAGCACAAUUGACUCCAACCUCUGCUCAUUAAACACCAGCACGCUGAUGACCAUCACCCCAGAGAGCUUCAGAAAUGCCAAGCUUCUGAAUGUGGCCUCAUGUUCAGCUGAGCAGAAGACAGUCCUGUACAAGAUCGGCAACACUUCCUUCAGCUCAGCUUCAACCAGUUCCAGCAGCUUUUACAAUUUAAUUAAGGCCUAUCUGGGUGGAGCGCCUCUUGUGGACGUGGUAGCAUUGUCAACACAGAACAUCAGCAUGGACAUGGACACGUUCAGGAGCCUGGAACAAGAUGUCAUCAAAGGUUUGACUGUGAACAAUGUGCGAGGCAUCAUGGGUAGCCACCUGCAGGAUCUGAAGCUGUUUGAGAACGAUACCCUGGUCCAGACCUGGGUGAACCUGCAGCUACAGUCCGACCUGGACACAUUGGGUCUGGGCCUGAUCAGUAACCGGAUUGAUUCAACCAAUGGAACUGCAGGUACCAAUACAACUUCAAGUGUGGGAAGUGGCACCACAGUGUCACAAGCAACACCCGUAAACGGAGAAAUGGAGCACACCAGCAGUCCAGCAUCCGUAUUCUUGGCUGUCCUGCUAACAGCUUUGCUUCAAAUGAUCCAACAGUCGUCUUUAUGAAUCCAUAAUCUCAGCAACAGCAACUUUUGAUUUUCUUUUCAGCAAUACUUGAUUCUUGAUUGUUCUAUAAUAUAAUAUUCUUUAUUCCGCAUAUAAAUGAAAAAUGUGUAACCGAAUCUGUUUUAUUUUUCUGCUUCACCUUAUCUGAAUGUAACCAAUGCACAUUUGCACCAUUGUGUAUCUACUACAAUAUUAUUUGUUUUAGGUGGUGAUUUACUGAAAUAAAGUACUGCUAUCAAUAAAUUAAAUCAAAUGGACAAAAAAGCAUAUGAAACAAACCAAUCAA